AUGCAUCUACUCGACUGUAAUGUUAACUACAAUCGAAAUACUACUACUACUACUACUACUACUACUACUACUACUACUACUACUACUACUACUACUACUACUACUACUACUACUACUACUACUACUACUACUACUACUACUACUACUACUACUACUACUACUACUACUACUACUACUACUACUACUACUACUACUACUACUACUACUACUACUACUACUACUACUACUACUACUACUACUACUACUACUACUACUACUACUACUACUACUACUACUACUACUACUACUACUACUACUACUACUACUACUACUACUACUACUACUACUACUACUACUACUACUACUACUACUACUACUACUACUACUACUACUACUACUACUACUACUACUACUACUACUACUACUACUACUACUACUACUACUACUACUACUACUACUACUACUACUACUACUACUACUACUACUACUACUACUACUACUACUACUACUACUACUACUACUACUACUACUACUACUACUACUACUACUACUACUACUACUACUACUACUACUACUACUACUACUACUACUACUACUACUACUACUACUACUACUACUACUACUACUACUACUACUACUACUACUACUACUACUACUACUACUACUACUACUACUACUACUACUACUACUACUACUACUACUACUACUACUACUACUACUACUACUACUACUACUACUACUACUACUACUACUACUACUACUACUACUACUACUACUACUACUACUACUACUACUACUACUACUACUACUACUACUACUACUACUACUACUACUACUACUACUACUACUACUACUACUACUACUACUACUACUACUACUACUACUACUACUACUACUACUACUACUACUACUACUACUACUACUACUACUACUACUACUACUACUACUACUACUACUACUACUACUACUACUACUACUACUACUACUACUACUACUACUACUACUACUACUACUACUACUACUACUACUACUACUACUACUACUACUACUACUACUACUACUACUACUACUACUACUACUACUACUACUACUACUACUACUACUACUACUACUACUACUACUACUACUACUACUACUACUACUGCUGAUGGUUGUAUAGUUCCGGUUAUUUGUUUUCAAAAACGUUAUUCAUUAGAAAAAUAG